GUGGAUUAGAGAAAUCUCUGUCAACAGUGACUUGAUCUGUCAGACAACUAAACUGACCAUUUAAAGUACCUAAAAGAGCUGUGAAGUUGAAUUGUGAGACAGUUUAAUCAAUUCCUUUAAAUAAAAGCAGGGGAAAGCUUCUUUCUAAUUAUAUUAUGUAAAAAAAACUAAAUAUAAGGAAAGGUAAAGCAAAUAGCAGAUUGAUAUUUACAUAUUACGGUUUAGUGAGAAAAAAAACGACUCCUAAAAGGCAGAGGAAAUGAACUGUGUGUCUAAUGAGUGCAGGCUAUUCCCCUCUGUUAGUCUACACUCAGUCACUUGUGGUACGACCUGUCCCUCCGGCACUUUCAAUGAGUGGCAACACUGAUCUUUACAGAGAAAGGAAGUGCCGGCUUCAAGGAAGUAGAGACUGCUAAAAUCACUUAGCAUAACGAAGUAACAUCGUUUGAAUCGGCUAUGCUGUUUCUGAUUAUACACAUAUUGAACUACUUUAUUAUGUGGAAUGAAGGCACACUAAACAUUAAAGCAGUUUUCUAUCGGUUCUAAUUUCCAAAAGCUGCUUCUAAAUGUUGAGCAGUCGUCCCUUCAACCUGCAUAUCAAUAAAUGCUGAGGUUUGCAUGAAUCUAUAAUGCACUGUUCAAUCAUUUGCCUUUUUCCUGCUACAACCCAUCUGUGUCUCAUUGCCGUGACCCCUUCGAAUAAAGGGCUUCCGGCAGGUUGGCUGCUUGUACAGUAGAAGCUUUGUUUGUCACCCGUGUCUUUUACACUGAACACUUGGUUAAUCCCCAUUGUCCAGUCAAGUCUCAUUAAUCUGGAGAACUGAUAUGAAUGAAGAGGGACUGAGGCUUUCUCUUCUCCCUCCCAUGGCUGUCUGUCUUUCUCCCCCGGAAAGGAAGUGACCCGCUUGUCGGAACAGGAAUCAGGCCACGGCAACGCAGAGGGACAACACAAGUUUAUAUCCUCUGCACAUGCUCACACACCGCAUACAGAAUUAACUUGUUAUUAACUUAGUCAAUAAUGACCUCUGAGGAGAUAAUUGUCUCCAAUAUUACUGGAAUGAUAGUCAUUUAGUGAACAGUUCUAUAAAAUUUAUUUAAAUCUAUAAAAUGUAACAGAUUAGAAAGCUUAUUUGCAGUCCUGAACAAAAGCAAAAUGCAUAUAGAAAGGGUAAAGGAAAUUCUCUAGAAAGGAUUGAAUGUGGUCCUUAGUUUGAGCUAUGGACAAAAAACCUAAAUCAAGGACAUCAAUUCAAAAGUGGAUUAAAAUGCAAUGACUUUACAAACCUUCAAAUCUGUCAAAGUCCAUUAAAUUUACUCAAUAAAUUAAUGCACCUCUCUCCUAGCACCCCGCCCCUACUUCCUACAGCACUCUACACCUCCCCUUUCCUAUUUCUAUGCACGUCUGUUCACUGCCCACUAUAAAUACAUCUAUUCUGACAACAUCUACUCCACUUGCAUCCAGAGAUCAUCAUUACGCCUUGAUUUCUCCUAUGUUCUAAUAUCUAUUACGGCACUUCGAUAUCACAGAACUUUCUAACUAGGAUGUCCUCCUACUUAGCUUCUUUCCUCUUUCUCCUCCUCCUUGCUAGGCCAAGCAAACCAUCGAGUCCUGGCAGAGGUCGGCCACAGCCAGACGGACAUAUAAGGACAGAAGACAUAGUUCGGUCUGUCCUUAAGAACAAGGGCAGAGAACUGACAAGCGUAAACAGCAGGACAGAAAUUGGAUUUGGAGUUUCUCGUUCUUCAAAACACCGACUAGCAGCAGCAGCAGAAGAUGGAGAAGCAUGGGGAGAGCCUGAUAUUCUAUCUAACUUUGGUUCCACACAUUUAAUUAGCGACAGUAAACUAUGGGAACCCCGCAUUUCUUCUCGAUGUGUGCCAAUCCCUUCCAGCAUGGCCUUGUGCCACAACAUUGGCUAUGACACCAUGCGGAUCCCAAACCUGCUAGGCCAUGAUUCUCCAGCUGAGGCUGUCCAGCAGAGCGCCAGCUGGUUGCCACUACUUGCCAGAGAGUGCCAUCCUGAUGCCCGCAUCUUCCUCUGCUCUCUCUUUGCACCAAUCUGCCUCGACAGGUUUAUCUCCCCUUGCAGAAGUUUGUGUGAAUCUGUACGAGAAAGCUGUGCACCAAUCAUGAGUUGCUAUGGCUACCCCUGGCCUGAAAUUCUGCGGUGUGACCAGUACCCUGCAGACCACCUUGUGUGCAUCUCCUCGAUCACCAACGCAAGUGUUUACACGGGAGCACGCGGCGUGCCUCAGGCAAGCUGUCGGGACUGUGAGCUGGAGGAGGCCUUCUCUCCUAAGGAGACACUGGAGAGCUUUUGUAAGAGUGAUUUCAUUGUGAAGUUGCGCCUGACGAGGCUCAAGUAUAGCCCAGUAAGUCUAUCUCAGUUCUCACUGGCUGGUAAGUUAGAGCUCUUAAAGCGUGGAACCCUGUCAGAUGGUCAGAUUCACUCACGGAUUGAGCUGUGGCUAGAGAGAGACGCCACCUGCGUACAGAAUAUGACCCGACAACAUCCACGAGGCGGCACCUUCCUGGUGACAGGGACAGUCCAGGGGGAACGUCUGGUGGUCAACAAGGCUUACGCUUGGCAAAAACGAGACAGAAACCUCACUGCAGCUGUGCGCAAGUGGAAAAGUCACAGAUGCAGGAACUAACAUCUAGCAGAAUCUUAAAGAAAUUGUAACUGAAAUGUGAGAUCAACCAUUGUUGAGGGGUAGAGUUUAAAGGCUUACGAUAAAGCUACAGCUGUAAAUAUUUGACUUUUUAAAAUAAAUUCAAGGACGUUUAGGACUGAAAUAUAUCAUUUUAGUACAUCAAGGAUUGAGACACUGCCACUAUGGAAGUGGAGAAUAAAGAAAUAAAAAAUGCUUGAUAGGAAAAAUGUACAUACUGUGUUUCUACACUUUAACUUAAUAUUGCUGGUCUACAUAUCUGUAAUAAAUUUCCUCAUUGAGUUUUCAUUUUUCUUUCUAUUCAAAUAUCUGCUUCCUGUAUUUUUCUAGUCAACAAGGGCAAAGAAAAAUAUCAAUCCAUUUAAAAUUGUUCUAUGUUUCUGUAGGUUUGUGGUGAAUUACAAAAUAAAAUGCAUCUCAUCUGUUUUUUGGAAUUUUGUUUAAUAAAGCAAAAUAAAGUGCA